AGCAGCGCGCGUACGUAGUCGGGGCGUCGCGACGCUUCGUAGUGAUCGCGUUAGUAUGAGAGCGUCGAGUGAGCACGACAGAUCGGUCUCGGGAUCGUGGUCCCGGCACCCUCGAUGAGUCGCGAGAAUCAUUGUACAGUUGGACCACGCGUUGAGCAUCCCGUGCGUGAGAUCGAGCAUAAUAGAGACACGUGUGCUUCUCACGACGUGCACGACGUAUAGCGAUUUUUCACGCGUAUUAAAAAAAAAGAAGAUAAGAGAUAGAUAAAUGGAUUGAUAACGAAAUUCGUGAUAAGUGCUUUCCUUGGGUAGUCUAGAUUCUGGACGAUGCUCAAACUGUACUCGCGUGUAACAGACGCUCCACCGUGAAAGGCCCAUAUAGUACACUUCAUCUCAGAGAUUUCCCUGGGAACGUUCUUAGGAUGUUGGGACGUUUGUAGGAUGUCCUUCAGAACGUCCCUUAGAGAUCUGUGCUAUAUGGGGAAGAAUGAUGAACGUGUUGCGAAUGAAACUGCGACGUAUUACAAGAGAGGAACAACUGCGUAGGUCUGAGUGCGCGUUUGUGAGUGUAUGUGAGAUUGGUUUUGAGAUUAUUUUUCCGCGUGCGUAUCUUCGUUUCCUCGCUUCGCGGAUCCCCCGAGGAUGCGCGAGCCCCAGUAGUAGUACCGGCCUAAAUCUCCUACGUAGGUAAUCAUGUCCGCGUAAGAAAUCCGCAUGGCAUCGCGACGUAGAUUCUAAGAACUUUAUUCUGUAUCAACUCGAUAAAACUUGGUGAACCAUCGUUCCCGUCGCGUGACAGAAGAAAUUGCCGCGAUUUUCCAACUCCGCGGACUCUUCAACAGGUGGCCGAAAUCGAUGUCGCACGUGUACAAGCGUACGUGAUCUUUCACGGAUUAUCUCGGUGGAAGUCGAGCAAGAGUUGCAAAGCUUGCAUACGCGAGUGUAAUCGAUGCCCUCAAACAGUUGGCCCUGCAAGGAUACCGCGGCAUGAAACUCGAGUUAAUCUCCUUAUCUGAGGCUAUAACUCGCUUAUCAGAACCUUCCGACGCCUGAACGUCCGCACAGGAUAACAGCAGUGCUGUUAACGUUAAUGAGCGAGGAGCUCCGUGAGAAAUUAAUUCACUUCUCGUGAUCGACGAAGUAUACCUCGUUUCGAUUUUCUUCCGGAUAAUUCCCACCGUCGAAUUGCAUUACCGGAUCGACCUCUUCCGCCUCGCAUUCGUUCUGGGAGAUGGGCCAUCAGCGAAUUCAUCCGCGUCAGCGUAUCACUGACGCAUGAUCGAUUCGACGGGAUAGCAACAAAGAAAGUGAGAGAAAAAGGAGGAAGAAGAAGAGGAGAUGUGUAACCAUGAAUAACCGAACUAGCACUCUUCAAAAUGCAUCGUGAAUAAUGGUACAACGCAAAUAACACGUCGUCGGUAAUAUAUAUAUAAUAGUCACCAUGCAGAACUCGUCAGCGCGCAACUAUAGCUACGUGUCGGAGGACAUAACGUCGAAUUUGUCGGUGCAAAUAAUAUUCUGCUUAUUCUACAUCAUUAUCUUCGUGCUGGGCAUAUUCGGUAACGUGCUGGUAGUCUUCGUCGUCGGUCGAAAUCGCCAGAUGCACACCGUCACCAAUCUCUUCAUCACGAAUCUAGCGCUCAGCGACGUGCUGCUAUGCGUACUGGCCGUGCCCUUUACUCCUUUAUACACCUUUUUGAGCGGUUGGAUCUUCGGUAAGACCCUCUGCCAUCUGGUGCCCUACUCCCAGGGCGUCAGCGUAUACAUCAGCACGCUCACGCUGACAAGCAUAGCCGUCGAUCGGUUCCUAGUGAUCAUCUAUCCGUUUCAUCCGCGCAUGAAGAUUAAGAUGUGCUUAGCGAUCAUCGUGAGUAUCUGGGUGAUCGCGUUGUUACUUACCUUACCAUAUGGGCUUUACAUGCAGUUAGAGGAGACGUACACUUCUUUCUGCGAGGAGAAUUGGCCCAGUGAGCCAUUUCGCAAGGUCUUCAGUUCGCUCACAUCGAUACUGCAGUUUGUCGUGCCGUUCUUUGUAAUCUCCUUUUGCUACAUAUGCGUGUCGAUUAAGCUGAACGAUCGGGCGCGUGCCAAACCCGGCACCAAGACCACCAAGCGUGAAGAAGCGGAUCGCGAGAGGAAACGCCGGACUAAUCGGAUGCUGAUCGCCAUGGUUGCCAUAUUCGGUGUGUCCUGGUUGCCGCUCAAUAUUGUCAACGUCGUCGAUGAUUUCUACUCGUACGCCAACGACUGGUCCUACUACAAAUUCUGCUUUUUCAUGUCGCACUGCAUCGCCAUGAGCAGCACCUGUUACAAUCCGUUCCUCUACGCCUGGCUCAACGACAACUUCCGCAAGGAAUUCAAGCAGGUCCUACCGUGUUAUUCAAGAAACUCCAACAGUAACACUCCGAAAAUCAAGAAGAGUUGCAGAGACGAGAAGAUUUGUAACGGUAAUAACACUUUGCAAGAGACCCUAUUGCCCAGUAAUACGAAAAUGCCGAAUCCCGAGGGAUGCGAGAUGAUCAUUCUGGAGCAGAUGACGAACAUCUCAAAGGAGUUGGAUCAGCCUACGAGUUCCUCAAAGGAUUUUGACGACGCAACUCUAUAAGAGAAAGUUCUAGAUGCUUCCCGUUUCCUUCGUACGUGUAUUUUAUGAGAGUCGGAACGACAAAUGCCAACUGGCUAACAUAGUGCACAUACAUACGCUCGGAUAUAUAGCCGGACAUACUAAAGAAAGGAAUACUGAGAGCUUUACGAGAUUCACGAGAGGGAGGAAAGUCGUUUCGAAUGCUUGUGCGCAAUUUCUACCUCCGGUCGAACUACGGAGACAGCAAGGUAAAACGAAACACUGGAAAUUCGCAAAAUGCUAGAACUGGUGCUUCCUCACGGCGAAGAAAUUUUUUGAUAGUAACACAUCGCAAUUGUUGAGAAUUCCACCCACGUUUAGUAUGUUUGUGCACUUUGCGCUGAUGCGGCGGUAAACCACGCUUGCCCUAAAACAGAUAGAUCGACUUACGUAACGACCGCUACACGAAAAGUUAUCGUUUCAUCUUCCAUCUCGCCGAUGAGCGAAU